ACUGACAUUUCCGUGUAUUCAGCAAUAAAAACCAUGAACAUUCGGGCUUACUUUUGUUUUGCUGUCGGAAACGCCUGGAUGGACCGGAACCUCUGCGCUAAUGCAACCCUGCGAUUGACUACAUCGGAUAAGAUGAGUCCCGCUGAGGUAACGGUCCCGGGACCUCCAAAGCCCGUGACAUGAAAUCUACGACGCUGCACUGGCUUUGCGUGCUCAGCCUCCUAAGCCUCCCGGUGUUGUGGUUGGGACAUGUGAUCAGCCGGGGGGACCGUGCACCACCGCGCCCUGCAGCGAAGCCCAAAGAAGGAAUCUGGGGCUACGUCAGGAUCCGGCCUGACAGGGUGGACCAGUUCCUAAACCUGCACUUCAACCAGUGCGCGUUGAUCUCCAGCUCCGGCCAGAUGCGCGACGCCGGCCUUGGCGCCGACAUCGACCGAAUCCCAUGCGUGAUCCGCAUGAACGAUGCGCCCACGGCGGGCUACGAGGCCGACGUGGGGGCCCGGACCAGCGUGCGCGUGGUCUCGCACACCAGCGUGCCGCGCCUGCUCAAAGACGGGCGCCGCUACUUUGGAGAGGCAGCCGACACAGCCUACGUCUUCUGGGGGCCCUACAGGAACAUGAGGACGGACGGGAAGGGCGCCAUCUUCAACGCGCUGCGGAGGAUCGCCACCCGCUAUCCCAGCACCAGACUUUACGCCAUGACCCCGGAGAGGAUCCGGCUCUGUGACGACGUGUUCCAGAAUGAAACUGGAAAGAAUAGAAUCAAGUCUGGGGCGUACCUGAGCACGGGCUUCUUCACCAUGAUGCUGGCUACGGAGAUGUGCGAGCGCAUUCGGGUUUUUGGGAUGAUUCACGCCGAUUACUGCAAAGCAAUCGCAGAGCGGCGCUAUACCAUUACUACGACCGGGCGGCGGCGGCGGCGGACGAGUGCCUGAUGUACAAGGCCCACGAGCGCAAGCGGCGCGGCGGCCAUCGCUUCAUCACCGAGAAGGCCAUCUAUGCCAAGUGGGCCGCGCGCCACAAAAUGGAGUUCACGCACCCUUCGUGGAAUUUGUGAAUUUCUUCUUUAUUCACUUGUCGGCAGUCAGUGAGCGAUCAACGCUCUUAUUUCUGCCACCAUUUACUUGGAUAGAUUUUUCCGAUUCUAAUCACAUGACAAAAAAAGUGGUUUACUUCAUCAAAAUCAAGGCGGCCCUUGUUUUCUCACUUCACUGGUUCUUUUAUAUCAAACAAAUGAUAUAUUAAAACCGCCGAAACAUGUCAGCCUAAAAGAAUGUGUUUGAUAUAAAAGAACCAGUGAAGUGAUUAAAAAGGAAAAACAAGAUGAACUUAAUACAACUAGUACUUGUUUUCUAUCGGAGUCACUAAUGUUGAGGUGGGCCGGUUGGAGGAAGCAAGGAAGGAAGGAAGGAAGGAAGGAAG